AGACAGAUUAGAUACGGGUUUACAGCUAUCAGGCACAGUACUGUUACGUCAAGUUUGAAGAAACCAGACAUCAGCUGUGUGAGGAGACCCGACAAGGACCCCUCUGUGGACAUGAUGAUGUAGUCUGUGGAUAACAUACUGGAGAUUGAGGCGUCUGUAUUACAUGAAGAACGGUGUAACAGAAUAGACGUCACUCGUUGGGCCUGACAUCGACCGAAGUCACGUCUUCAGACAAUAUCAGCAGGCCAUCUAACUUAAGCUUGUAAUUCACAAUGGCAUAUGAGAAAUGUAUUCGAUUUGGAAAUAAUCUCCUCAGAUCCAUGAGUCACAGCUUUUAAAAUAUAACAGACAGUUUCCUUCCAGCACGUGCAGCAUCAAACACGUGGCCGCUCCGAGAGAAAAGAAUUUUAAAAUGACAUAUCAUAAAUAAAAUAUUCCUUGGAAUUGUGUCCAAAUUUGUACGAUAAGCGCAUUGCUCUCCGGUACGAUGUGAACUUUGUUCUACAGUCAUCCGCAGGGUGUAGUUGUGUUUCAAGCUUUAUGGAAUUCCGUGCCAUUGUUUCCAUUGGAAAAAAGUCGGAAUAUAAGAUGAUCCUAUGCUUAGAGGAUUCAAAAACUGAUAUGAGUUGAAGAUGCAUGAAGCUGAGAAUCUGUUUCAUUGAAAUGUGGAUAUUCCAGAUGUGUUGAUGGAUUAAGCCUGUACUCACUAAUCUUGACAACAAUUUGUGUCAGCCACACAAAACCAACGACUUAUUGUCAUAUGCAGCUUAUACUUCGUGCUCUAGCAAUAGCCUGUGUGUAAAACUAGAAAUUGGGUAUUCGAUGAAGCGGACAGCGACCGUGCGAUGUUACACCUCUGCUGUGAUUUCCAUGAGCGGGGCGAGUUCUUGUCUCUGGCCGCCUGCCUGAGUUGAAUUGCAAAUGUGUGGCCUUUCUCUGAUCGACAGACUUUUCAAACCACGGAGCAGACGACAUAGGUUUGUUUCUUCAGACAUGGCAGACGCGGAUGUCUCUGAGAAGAUCUCACUUCAUACAAUAGAGGAGGCGGAGGACGCCUCACACGAACCUCAAAUACCAUGGCGAGAGAGACUGGCCGAGUUUCUGAAGACGAACAAAGUGCAGUACGUGAUCAUCGCCCUGGUGGUACUGGACAGCCUCAUCGUCGUCUUCGAGAUGCUUAUAGACCUCGAAAUCAUCGUCAUUCCGGACAAUGGCCCAGUUGAGACUCAUAUCAAUGCAACACAUACCAAUCACACGGCAGCCUGGUACGAAAUGGGCGUCUACAAUGAGACGGAACACCACGGACUUUCCCGGAGAAUGACAAGAUCAACUGAACAUCAUUCUGGAGACAAAUACGUGCACAUAAAGGACACGAAUGCAACAGACAAUCAUUUUUAUAUCAAUAGCAACGAUACUCAGCAUCAUGUACACCAUCAACAUCAUCAUCACAGUAACAAAGAAAUUGUCGAACAUUCGCUCCAUUACGCUAGCUUGACAAUAUUAGCUAUAUUUGUAGUGGAGGUUAUAUGUAAAAUAAUAGCUGAGGGAACACAUUUAUUGAAACAUAAAGCUGAGGUGUUCGAUGCCAUCAUCGUUCUAGUCCUUUCGAUGGACACGCUUUCUCCUUCGUGUCUGACGUCAGCAGCACGAGACGCGGCAGGGCUCAUGGUUUUGCCUCAGGUUAGCGGAGAAUAAAUAAGAAUAAUAAAUGGUGUUAUAAUGUCUGUGAAGCUGGACGCAGACAAGAAGAUCAAUGAACAGAAGAUAGCUAGGCCAAGGGAGGAGGAGGUGGGGAAACUGAGACGUCAGGUCGAUACGCUACAA